AGUAACACACACACACACACACACACACACACACACACACCACACACACGUCGCCUCCACGCGUCUCUCCUCCCCUCUCGUCGGAUCUUCACCUUGCACUGCCCCCUUGCUCUCCUCAGACUAAUCAGAGAAGCCUGCCAUUCCCGCACACGGAGGGAGAGAGAGAGAGAACAGGCGAGAGAGUGGUCGUGUGUUGCUGCUGCUCCGUUCCCCAGUAAUGCUCUAGAGCGGAGGACCGUCCACCAAGCUGCCAUACCGAGUGACCAGCGGAGGGACUGGGAACUUUUGGAACUUUUGGGAACUUUGGGGAACUUUGGGGAACUUUUGGGAACUUUAAGGAACUUUGAGGAACGGUUAUCCACCAGCCAGGGCCGACUGGACAAGACUCAUCUCUUCACACACAGGUCUUGCGUCUAUCUCUCUCUCUCUCUCUCUCUCUCUGUCUGUCUCUCUCUCUCUCUCUCCCUAUCCCUCUCUCUCCAGCUUCUCUCUCUCUCUCUCUCUCUCUCUCUCUCUCUCUCUCUCUCUCUCUCUCCUGCUUCUCUCCCCCCCCCCCCCCCCCCCCCCCCCCCCCCCCCCCCUCCUUCCGGACUUUUAAACCAUGACUCUGCUAGUGGAAGACCAGUCCACCCAGCCCCAGCCUUGCCGGCUCCCGGAGCACUCCCCCACCACCACCACCACCACGGGCACCACCACCACCACCUCUCUGGACUGGUGUCCCACCCGAGCGAGCAAGCAGUCGAUGGGGGACGCGCUGGUGUUCGGCGCGGUGGAGCCCCCCCGGCGGUCGCGCGGCCGGCUGCUGCUGCACGGCCUGGUGAUGUUCGGCCGCGAGUUCUGCUACGCGGUGGAGGCGGCGUUCGUCACGCCGGUGCUGCUGAGCGUGGGGCUGCCGCGCAGCCUCUACAGCCUGGUGUGGCUCAUCAGCCCCAUCCUGGGCUUCCUGCUGCAGCCCGUCAUCGGCUCGGCCAGCGACUACUGCCGCGCGUCCUGGGGCCGCCGGCGGCCCUACAUCCUGGCACUGGGCCUGCUCAUGCUGCUGGGCAUCAGCCUCUUCCUCAACGGGGACGCCGUGGUCUCAGCAAUCGUCAGUGAGCCGGAACUCAAGAGGAUAUGGGCCAUCGUGGUGGUGAUGCUGGGGGUGGUGCUGUUUGACUUUGCGGCCGACUUCAUUGACGGGCCGAUCAAGGCCUACCUCUUUGACGUGUGCUCCUACCAAGACAAGGAGAGAGGCCUCCACUACCAUGCCCUGCUCACAGGUCUGGGGGGCGCCUUCGGCUACCUGAUAGGAGCCAUGGACUGGGGCCACUCCUCGCUGGGCAAGCUGCUGGGCUCCGAGUACCAGGUCAUCUACUUCUUCUCGGCGUUGACCUGGGUCCUCUUCCUCACCGUCCACCUGGUCAGCAUCCCGGAGACGCCCCUGGACAAGGCGCCGCAGUCCCCCGUGAUGCCCCCCAGCUCGACCUCCACCUCGGGGGGCAUCCCUCUGAUGCGGUACCAGAGCGGCGGCGGCGGCGGUGGCGGCGGCGGCGGUGGCGGCGGCGGCUACGGAGCGCUGCCCAAGGAGCCCACCUACCAGACGACUAUGGAGAUCCGGCCCCGGUCUUUCUCCGUUCUGUCCGAGGCCAACGCCGUCACCUCCAGCGCCAAGCAGCCCAACAAGGAGGCCCAGAAGAGAAUGACAUUCAGGUCGUUAAUGAAGGUCAUGUUCAACAUGCCAAACGACUACCGAUACCUGUGCAUUAGUCACCUGUUGGGAUGGACGGCCUUUCUCUGCAACAUGCUCUUCUUCACUGACUUCAUGGGACAGAUUGUAUACAAAGGAAACCCGUACGCUGCCCAUAGCUCAACAGCUUAUAGCAGAUAUGAGAGAGGUGUUGAAAUUGGCUGCUGGGGACUCUGCAUCAACGCUGUAUCUUCGGCACUCUACUCAUACGUGCAGCGACUGCUGCUGCCCCACGUCGGCCUGAAGGGGCUGUACUUCGUGGGCUACUUUGUGUUCGGCCUGGGCACCGGCCUCAUCGGCCUCUUCCCCAACGUGGUGGCCACCCUGGUGCUCUGCAGCGUGUUCGGCGUGAUGUCCAGCACGCUGUACACCAUCCCCUUCAACCUCAUCGCAGAGUACCAGCGCGAGGAGGAGGAGCAGCUGAGGCUACUUGAGUCCAAUGAGCCGCAGCGGGGCACGGGCGUGGACUGCGCGGCGCUGACGUGCAUGGUGCAGCUGGCCCAGAUCCUGGUGGGAGCGGGGCUGGGGGCCCUGGUCAACGUGGCCGGCAGCGUGGUGGUGGUCGUCGGGGCGUCCGCCGUGGCCUUCCUCGGCUGUGUCUUCAUCGCCCUUUUCGUCAGAGACGUCAAGUGAUUUUUUUUUGGACCCCCUUUGUUUUUUUGCGAUUGUCAAAAUGAGUGUUUUAAUAAAUAACGGAAUCUUUAUACGA